UCAGCCAUUUUCCAAUAUGUAGUACACUCGUGUUAAACCUUGGCAAUUUUUUAACUGCCAUAGUUUGAAUUUUUCUCAAGAAAUCUCGGUAAUAUAUACAUCAUUGAAAAGGAAAAAUUACAGGCUUUCUAUGUGAACAUGCAACAGGCCGCAGCUGCAGACAGAAAUAAAGAAGCAAUAUUAGAAGUAUUACGGAAAUAUUUAUCUGCAGAUUUCAAUGGUUAUUUUCUUGAGAUAGCAUCAGGGACUGGCCAGCAUGUGACACAUUUUGCUGAACACUUUAAACAAGCUACAUUUCAACCAAGUGAUUUUGAUCCGUUGCAUUUGAACAGUAUAACUGCGUAUAUAUCACAUCAUAAGUUGUCCAAUGUGAAACCACCUUCAAAAAUAGACAUUACUGUCCCAGUGACAAGCUGGCCUGGGAUGAUAAAUGCAGCCACCUGUGAUGUUAUUUAUAAUGCAAACAUGGUACAUAUUUCACCUUGGGAGACUGCAGUGGGUUUAUUUGACGCAGCAGGAGCUUUGUUAAAACCAGAUGGAUUAUUAAUAACAUACGGGCCAUAUGCAGAGGAUGGUGUUUUGGAACCGGACAGUAAUGUAAGAUUUGACCAAUCUCUCAAAGCUAGGGAUCCAUCCUGGGGUAUAAGAGAUAUAAAAGAUCUAAAAGUAUUAGCAGACAAAAAUAGAAUCCAACUCAUAGAAAAGAUCGCAAUGCCAGCAAACAACAAGACCCUAAUAUGGAAGAAAUCUUCAUAAUUGCGAGUUCUGAUGGAAAAACAAGAUUUUUGUCAUUACGUUCAUUGCUGAAAGCAAGUUUUGCUGCUUAAAGCAAAUUUUCACCAGAAAUAAAUAACUGUACAGAAGGCUUAAUGGAAAUUGUGGAAGCCAAUUACCAUACAUUCCCUAACAUCAAGAUAAAUUGAUAUUUUGAUCAUGGGUGCAUGGUAUAAAGAUAAAUUUUUAUGAGGUGAUCUAGUGGGAAAUAUUUAUCUAGUAAAAAUAUUUGGCACACGUAUUGAAGAAUUCUGUGAUGAAAAGUUUAUUUCUUGAUUUUUAGCUCCACUUUUUAAAAUUUGAAAUUGAAAUAAAAACCUGGUUUUUCUUUUCCUUUGUGUUUGAAAGUGAAAUUAAACUUGAUAAAAAUCAUGAUUUUCUCACGAAAACUCAGUUUUCUUGUUAUAAAAUAUUGUAAAAUCAGACAUUUUUACUAGGCUAAAUGUUUUUGCUACCAUGUUUUAUUGAAAUAUGAGUGGGCAGGCAAUAUUUGAAAACAAGCUCUAUAUAUUUUAGUAAGUUCAAAAAGGCUAUACAUUUUGUCUUCCUCAGGCAAUCUGACUAGAAUUUAAAGGGGGACAAUUCCCUAUAACAAUUUACAUUUCAACCAUAGUUUAUUUAAAUACUCCAAACCAUGUCUUAGACAUAGUUCCAGUCGGAUGGAAAGAUGGACCACCAGUGCCAAAAUUAUAUCCCUCCUAUAGAUUAAUUCAGUGAAGCGAGCAUUCAGUAAUUAUACAUGAGCUUGUUUACUUGCUGUCAACAGUUUUAGCUAUAUAAUUGUGUACCCAGAAUACAAGUGUUUGUUCGGGCAUGCAGGUACAUCUAAUUAAAGAUUUAAUUACAGGCUGUUCAUUUUGAAAUUUUUGGUGUUUUACUAUUAAAAAAAAAAAAAUUGUCGCCUCGCUGCGAAAAACUUGGUUCACGGCUACAUCUUGUCAGUGCAGUUUUCAACUCUUUGCAUUGAAUUGAUAUUACAUAUAUAUCUCUUUCAGUACUUGCAUUAUUUCUUUUAAAUGUAGUCAGCUUGAUCAAAAUCAUAACAGUUAAUUAAUUGAAAGAUAUUUGAGCCGUGCCAUGGGAAAACCAACAUAGUGGGUGUGCGACCAGCAUGGAUCCAGACCAGCCUGCGCAUCCGCGCAGUCUGGUCAGGCUCCAUGCUGUUCGCUUUUAAAGCCUAUUGGAAUUGGAGAAACUGUUAGCGAACAGCAUGGAUCCUGACCAGACUGCGCGGAUGCGCAGGCUGGUCUGGAUCCAUGCUGGUCGCAAACCCACUAUGUUGGUUUUCUCAUGGCACGGCUCAUUUGAUUAUGGUGGUUUACUCUUGUGUUGAUUGAUACUAACAUUAUUUUUUAUGAAGUAUACAAAUAUAUUUAUUUUGGCAACAACUUUAUUCUUAUUCUUGGUGACAAUGUUAUUCCUGGUAAAAACAUUAUUGUGAAGUUGUUAUUCUUGGAAACAAUGUUGUGUAAAUGACAACAAACAAAAUUUUUUUGUACUGUAUGCUGAAAUUUAUAUUGGUUGUUAGGUUCAAGCCACAGCAACAAUGCUUGCAAGAAAGAUUUGUCCACAGAUGUUGUUAUUCAGAGAAUUAAGAAACUACAGGUCAGAAUAAAAAUGUCCACUUUUGAAGCGAGGUAUAAGCUAUUGAGAGGUGUUGACAUUAGGUUGAUUUUGUUAAUCUAUUGUUUUAUAUCUAACUAACAGGAGUUUAUUUGGCAGUUAAAACUUUAACCUUUAGCCUGCUGUUGGCAAGUGAUUCUGCCUUUGCGACCAGCGCAGACCAAGAUCAUGGGCUGCACUGUUUACUGUUCAGUCAGUAAAUUUUCAGUGAAAACCCCAUCAAAUAAUAAAUGGCACUGCCCAAAUUGAUUGAUGGACCAGUCUAUUUCAGAAAUUUAGCAAGCUAAAGGUUAAGCAGUCGGGUCAAGUAGAUCUAAUAAGAAAAUCUAUUAUGAAGGAGCUUGAAAUAAUGUCAGAAGGGCAUAUAAGAUUUUUUCUCUUCCUUCUAAAUUUGUUAAGAUUAGAUAUUUAUUACUUGGCACCAUAUUUCUAACCCAGGAAAACACUAAGAAUCCAUCUUUUUGCAUUAAAACUAGAAAAGUGGGACAUACUGUUGAUAACAAAAAGGUUUAUUUUUUGUAAAAUAUGGCUGACUAUGGUAAUGAAAUUCCCAAGGUUGUGAUACAUUUUGUUAUUUACAAAACAGUGUCAUGUCCAAUGCAGAAUCCCUGUGAUUUUGAGUAUUCUCUGUAGACUAACCAUUUGUUUGAAAUAUUACAUCGAGAUUUUGAGCUUCUGAACUUUUUGUAAAAAUCAAAUAAUUUGCUCCAUAGUCAUCCUUUACUGUUAGUUAUUAAAUUGUUUUUUCUUUUGUACUUCUAAAUGAGCUCCCAUAAUGAUGUCUCAUUAAAAGUUAAUGUACUUUAAUUUGUCAGGGAAAUUAGAUUUGCAAUUUUACUGCUUUUAGUGCAAUGUCCCAAUUGUAAUUUAUAAAAUUAUAGGAUUGUUUCAAUAUAUUAUCUGAAAUUUAAAAAAUAGUCAUUAACAGUGUUUACAUGUUUCUUUAAUACCUCUGGGCUUUGCCUUAAUUUUGGUUCAAACUCAUCGGAAAUGACAAAAGACAAUUGGGGAAACCAUUCAAUCUGAUAAAGUGAUAUAUGUUAGAAUAAAAAGAUAUUAACUGUA